GCGCCCGGGCGAUGGUGCCGGCGCCCGGGAGCGCCCUGUUCGCCGCCCUGCUCGCCGCCGGGCUGGCCGCCGUGGGCAGCUUGAGAGCUCGUGGGCAGCUGGUGGCUGUGAGCCAGCCUGGGGUGUGUCGCUAUGGUUCCAGGUUGGAUUGCUGUUAUGGCUGGAAAAAGAACAAGGGCCACUGCGAAGCCACCUGUGGACACGGUUGCAAGUAUGGGGAGUGCAUGGGACCAAACAAAUGCAAAUGUUUCCCUGGAUUUACAGGGAAAACCUGUAAUCAAGAUCUGAACGAAUGUGGACUGAAGCCACGUCCUUGUGAGCACAGAUGUGUGAAUACACAUGGCAGCUACAAGUGCUAUUGUCUCAACGGGUACAUGCUUAUGCCAGAUGGCACAUGUGCAAGUUCCAGGACAUGUGCCAUGGUGAAUUGCCAAUAUGGAUGUGAAGAAGUCCAAGGGGAGGUGCAGUGUCUCUGUCCAUCAGGUGGCCUUCAGCUGGGACCAAAUGGAAGGACAUGCAUUGACAUUGAUGAAUGCUCCACUGGCAAAGCUCUCUGCUCUUACAACCGCAGAUGCAUCAACACCUUUGGAAGCUACUACUGCAAGUGCCAGCUUGGCUAUGAACUGAAAUACAUCAGUGGCCAUUAUGACUGUGUAGAUGUGAAUGAAUGUGUGACAAAUACACACAGGUGUAACCUCCAUGCAGAGUGUCUCAACACUGAGGGGUCCUUCAAGUGCAAAUGUAAACAGGGAUACCGAGGAACUGGAUUUGAUUGUGCUGUUAUCCCUGAAAAGUCAGUGAAGGAAAUUACAAGAAUCCCUGGAACAGCUAAGGACACAAUUAAGAAACUUCUUGCACAUAAAAAUAGUGUGAAAAAGCAUGAAACAAUCAAGAAUGCCAUCCCAGAAGCAGCUGUGACACCGCCUUCUAAGACUCACUUGCAGUUAUUGGACGAUGAAGGUGGUACUGAUCUUGGUGGAAGAUACGGUGAGGAAGAGAAAGAAAUUGAAGCUACUACAGAAGAUGAAGCAGAAGAGUCUGAUGAAGAGGAGAAGGCAGAUUUUGAGAAUCAAAUCGAUGAUGAGCGAAGCCUGAGAGGAGAUGUCUUUUUUCCAAAGGUGAAAGAAGCAGCUGCCUUUGGCCCUCACCUGGCACAGAGGAAAGUUCCAGUGUCAAGACCAGAGCAAGAAGUUGAUUGCAGCUUCAGUCGAGGAGUCUGUGACUGGAAACAAGAUGCUGAUGAUGACUUUGACUGGAAUCCUGCUGAUCGUGAUAGAGGUGAUGGGUACUACAUGGCAGUUCCAGCUUUUGUGGGGCACAAGAAGGAUAUGGGGCGUCUAAAACUUCUUCUCACUGACCUGAAACCAAAGAGUAGCUACUGCUUGAUUUUCAGUUAUCGGCUUGCUGGUGAGAAAGUGGGGAAACUUCGAGUGUUCCUGGCAAACAAAAAAACUGCUCCUGUCUGGGAGCAGAACACAGGAAAAGAUGAAAGGUGGAGAACUGGAAAAAUAGAGAUAUUUCAGGGAGCUGAGACAACUAACAGUGUCACUUUUGAAUCAGAACGUGGGAAGGGAAAAACUGGAGAAAUUGGAGUGGACAAUGUUAUACUAAUUUCUGGUCUAUGCCCAGAAGAUACCUGACAAUGGACAUUUGAGUAUACCGGAUUUAAUCUGAUUUUUCAUAUUUGCCUUUUCAGUAGUGUAUUUUUGUAUCCUUUUCUUUAUAAAAAAAAAACAAAACAAAACUAUAAAACUGUGCCUUGAACUUAAUGCAACAAUGCAAAUGGAAAAAUGCAAGGUGCAGAGUACACUUUUUUAUGAGUCAUUCUAAUUCUAAUACAUGCUUUGAGUGUAACACUACUGUAUUUUAUAAUUCAAGGUCAGGGUUUCUAAAGUAUUAUUUGUCUAACUUUUUUACAAAUUCUACAUGCUUUUAUUUCUUAAAGUUCUUCUCUAUUCUUAAGUCUUCUAUUUCACAAGAACAUAAAGCAGUACUUAAGAGGAUUUUGCUACUUCUGGUGACAUAAUUUUAACUUCUUACUUAGU